AUGACUGUCUUUGAGAGUCAAACAGCGACCAGCCAUGCUGACUAUGUGCGAAUUCCUUGCAUCAUCUUCUUCGCGGUCACACCCAUCUUUCUCGGUAUUCGGAUAUACAACCGGAUUUCGCGGAGGACUGGCCUGGGCUGGGACGAUGCUACCAUUAUCUUGUCCUAUUUCUGCACAUUGACUGUCAUGAUUUUCAUGAUGGUAUCAGUGGAUGCGGGCUUCGGAAGGCAUGUCAAGUCACUGCCAAAACCGAACAGACUCGAAGCUCUCCAGAUGUUCUACAUUGCUCAAAUCUUUUACAAGCUUACCAUUAAUCUUACCAAAACGUCAAUCCUCUUGCUCUAUCGUCGAAUCUUUGUCCAGAAAUGGUUCCGCUACAGCUGCAACACCCUAAUCUGCAUCGUGCUGGCCUAUUGCGUUGCAACUACGGCGUCGUCCAUCUGGCAAUGCACACCCAUUGCUUUUGCUUGGGACAAAUCCCUCCACGGCAGCUGCAUCAGCAUGAUCAAGAAUUGGUAUGCCAACGCUGGCUUCGCCAUUGCUACCGAUGUCUUGAUUCUCAGCCUUCCGAUGCAACCUAUCUGGACCAGCAAGCUUCCCGUCAACCAGAAACGUGCUCUGAUGCUAGUAUUUGCUCUCGGUGGCUUCGUCACCGUCACUUCGAUCCUACGUGCUACGACUCUAAAUUUUUCCAUCACUUCCCCCGACGUAACAUACGACAUUGCAUCUACGCUCUGGACCAUGAUUGAGAUCAACGUCGCCAUCAUCUGCGCCUGUCUGCCGAUGUGCCGCAUGGUUCUCACCUGGAUGCUUCCCGGCCUCUUUGGAUCCAUAACCAUUGCCUCAACACCCAAGAAUGCGCAUUCAUUUGGCUCAUCGGAUCCUACCAUGACCAUUGGCCACCGGCGCCUCCGCUCUCUCAAUGGUGAGUGGGCACCGUACACGGGGCCGAGGAAACCGGAAGAGACGAACCACAGUGCGGUGCAUCAUCAGGACGAGAGUAGCGAGGAGUUCAUUCUAGCCCCUUAUCAAAAGGCUUACAUCCAAGAGGCUGCGGAUGGCAUUAUCAGAAAGACUACACAGUACGAGGUCUAUUACGAGGGCGAAUAUUCCAAGGCCGAGAAUGGACGGUCCAAUACUACCCGCGUGUAUGCGGACUAA